AAGCUGUACUAAUACUCCUGUACCCUUCAUCAUUUCUUGUUUCAUUAGCUGUGUGGACCUGAAAGAACCCAAACAUCAUGGAGCGUGAAUCAUGGCUCAAUCUAUUCAUCCUUGCAAUAUUAUGUGCUCUCAUUACUGGUGCUCCACCUUCCAGUUCAUGCCCCAGUGACAAUCUGAGUAUAACUGGAGGGACAUUUGUUAUCACGGAGCACAAAUCUGCUGAGAGUGUUCUAAGAUACAGCUGUCCAGAAGGCUAUUACCCAACUGUGAAGAUCCGUCUUUGUAUAAGUGGAGGAUGGAGCCCAAAGCCCACAAGAAAACCCCCAGCAUGCAAGAAGGUUACAUGCCCUGACCCUCGUGGUUUUGAAAAUGGAGAGUUGUAUCCAUAUCAACCGAGGUAUUAUUUGAACGACACAGUCCACUUCUCCUGUCAUUCUGGAUACACAUUCCGUGGCUCGGCAUCCCGUGUUUGCCAGCUGAAUGGGAAGUGGAGUGGAGGCACACCAAUCUGUGGUAGAAACUCUGAUCACUGUCCUGAUCCCGGCAGUCCUGGUGCUAAAAGGACUGGCAACAUAUAUUAUAUUGAUGACAAAGUCACAUACCGUUGUGAAAAUCAAUUGACCCUUAUCGGUUCUAAAGAGCGAGUCUGUCAGGAGGAUGGUCAGUGGUCAGGGACAGAGCCGGAAUGUUACGCUGAUUUCACAUAUGAUACCCCAGAGGAAGCAUCAGAGGCUUUCAGCAGUUCUUUAAAAACAAAUCUAGGGAUUUCACAACAAUAUGAAGAAACAACAACAGAUCAGUUCGGAAAGAAAAUCCAAGUACAUAAGGGUGGAAAACUUGAUAUCUACAUUGCCCUGGAUGUAUCUGACAGCAUUGAAGAAAAAGACUUUGAAGAUGCAAAACGUGCCAUCAGUAAACUCAUAGACAAGAUCAGUUAUUAUGAGGCCUCCCCAAACUAUGAAAUCAUGGUUUUUGCCACAGAGGUUAAUAUAAUAGUCUCUAUGAGGGACUUCAAGAAAGAACCAGAAAAUACCAUAUCAAUGGCUCUUCAAAAACUUCAGGAUUUUAGAUUUGAAAGUAAAGGUGUUCGUUCAGGGACUAAUAUUGCCCUAGCCUACCAGAGAAUUUAUGAGAGUAUGAAAAUAGAGGAGAUCAACGAUAAAGGCUUCUUUCACACUCAACACAUCGUCAUCAUGUUCACUGAUGGUCUAGCCAAUGAAGGUGGUAAUCCCAGGUUUAAGGUGGAAAAGAUCAAAGAUCUUGUGAUACAAAAGGAUCCUUCACGUGAAGAAAAACUUGACCUGUAUGUGUUUGGAAUGGGUGAAGAAGUGAAUGCUGAGGACAUAAAUGAUUUAAAGACUGACAGGAGAAAUGAAAAGUUUUUUUUCAAGCUUAAGGACAUUGAAUCUUUGGAAAAAACAUUUGACAGCAUGAUUGAUGAGAGCACAAGUGUAUCAUUGUGUGGACUUUACAGAGAUUAUUAUGAUGACAUUAAAUCUCAUGAACGCUGGCAAUACCCCUGGUUGGCAAAGAUCAUAGUGACUCGUAAUGAUGGAACAAGAUCAAACUGCAUGGGAUCAUUAGUCACAUCCAGCUUUAUCUUGACAGCGGCUCAUUGUUUCAGGUUUCAAGACACAGCUGAAAUGAUACAGAUUGAGAUGGAAUCAGGUUCUGAAGACAGAAAAGUGAAACAAUACAUACUUCAUCCAAACUAUAACAUCGCAGCAAAAAAGAACUUGGGAAUACCAGAAUAUUAUGAGUUUGACAUAGCGCUUAUUCAGUUGCAGGAACCUGUUAUUUUGGGACUUGAUAUUCGACCAAUCUGCCUCCCCUGCACAAAGGAAACCAGUGGAGCCCUAAAACUUCCAGACAGUCAAAGCACAUGCAAAAAACAUUAUGAUAUACUAAUGAGUGCAGAAACUGUGACUGCUGCUUUCAUGACUGGCUUGACACCCAGUAUUGAGAGAAAGAACAUCACAAUCAAGCAGGGAAAAUGGCGGGAUGAUUGUGUUGAAGAUGCGAAAAAAGCAAUAAACAUCAAUGCUGCAAAUGCAAAGGAUAUCAUUACAGAUAAUUUCCUGUGCAGUGGUGGUAUUGAACCAACCACUGAUGAUAUUGCCUGCAAAGGUGACUCUGGGGGGUCCGUUUUUGUGGUUCCAGGUAGUCGAAUGGUCCAGGUUGGUAUUGUGAGCUGGGGAGUGAAGGACUUGUGCAAAUCUUCCCCGAAGCCUCAAUCUGUUAAAGAUUCCAGGGAUUAUCAUACAAAUCUAUUCAGUCCAGACAUACGCUCAUUCCUUAAACAGUACAUAGGAAAUGACCAAAUUGGAACACCUCUUACGUUCUUGUGAACACUGUCCUUAACAAAAGUUUGUUAACCUGCUCAGAAACAUUUUGCAUGUACCUAAGUUAAAGGUGACCUCAGUCAUUCUUUACUCUUUGUUAUUGGACAUUUUUAAUCAUGGAUUAAAUUAAUCAUGUCUGACUGUGAUUACUGAAUUUCUACAAUGGCAAUGAUAACUGAAAACUUGUAUUUGAAUGAUCAGUGCAUCCAUGCCGCUAGGUGUCAGUGUCCAAGAUGACUGCCAUAUUGACCAGCACAACAUAAACAAAAAAUUACUGAGUGCACUUUUAAUUGAGGCUUUCGCAUACCGUUUAUUGCUUUGGGCUUUGUGCCAAUUAAUGAUGAUCAAAAUGCAAUAAAAUAUUUUUAUUAAAGGCAACAAAA